UCCACUCAUCGUGUCGUCUACGGGUUCGUGAGGCUGUGAGCCACCCGGGCGAACGAGCGAGCGAGCGAACGUUGGUCGAGUGGGUCUAAGCGGCCGUGAGGACCUCUCCAGGAACCCAACAGUCCUCUCCAUUCAUUCAUCCAUCCAUCCAGUCAGCCAUCCAUCCAUCUAUCCAUAGAGCCGCUCCUCUCUCCGGAGAGAGAGUGUAUCCUCGGCGAAGGUGGAGGCGAAAAGUAGAGUGGCACAUCUACCAUCGUCUAUCGGCAGAGUCCAAGGACUUGAAAACCCUCCGGGUGAUUUCAGUCGGCCGCCGGCCGGCUCUGCCGGCCACUUCUACUUAUGUGUUUUUAAUUUUACUUAUCAAUCCAUUUGUAUAGUCUAAAGUGAUCUAUUCGGAACCAAGUGCUAGCAUUGUCUGAUGAAAAUUGUGCGAAUAUGGGACACGUUCGACUUUUUUUCCCACGGUCUAGGACGUAUUCGAAGGAGCCAACGAGGCUUGCUUCAUUUAUCAUCAACAUUUAGUGAAAUUUAUCAACAAAGUUGUUUAGUGAAUAAUGAAAACUUCGAUAUUAUGGUGUAGUUCUCAUAGGUGUGGUGAUUUUCAUUUCAAGUAUUAUCAAUUCUACCUGACAUUGUUAUUACAGUUCAUGAACUGUAAUAACUAAUCAUACAUAUAUACAUAUUCUAAUAUAUGCUAAUAUAUAUCAUUAUGUAUAUAUACAUGAAUAUACAUUGUUAUCAAUGCUGAUAAAAUCAGUGUUAAUAUUAUAUCUUUUAUUAUGUGAGGUAGAAUCCUAUUUGAUGAUUAACUGCUACUACUAAUGAAACAUAUCGUUCAAGAGUGAAAGUCAUAAAAGUUUGUUAAGUGAAAUAAAGAGAUAUUUUUUAAGAAAUUUUCAAAAAAAUUCAUGUCAUAAGAAAAUGUAAUUGAUUGAAGAUACUAAAAUUUUCAUUGCAAAGUAUUUAAACGUCGUGAAUUUGGACGAAAUGAGUGGCGGUAGUGGCGGAAGUGGAAAUGCUGGCAAUCAAGGCAGCAACAAUGCUACAAGUUACCAUCAACAUCAGCAACAACAGCAAAGUCAAUUGGAACAAACCGGUCUGCUACCAGACCUUAAUGGUGUUGAUUUGGCAAUGAGUUUAUCUCCUAAACAGCAUACUUCUCAUGUUCAAGGUGGUAGUGGUGCUCAUACAACACCCUUUAGUGUAACAGACAUUUUAUCACCAAUCGAAGAAUCAUAUCGAAAGUUAGAACUCGCAGCAGCAGCCGUCGGAGUUGGUGUUGUUUCACAUCCUCAAAGUUCACCUUAUACGAACGCUUGUGGCGCUAGAGUAAGUGGUAAUACCGGCAGUUCUAGUGCAAGUAGUGGAAGUCCUCCUCUUCACGGAGGAUCAACACCUGGAGGUAGCACCCCAGGUCCUGUAAGUGGUGCCAACGGCAGCGGUGGAACUGGUGCAGUAGUUGGAAAUGGUGGAAUGAGUACCAUGGGCAAUCCGUACGCAACCAUGCAAUUAACGUCCCAAUAUCAGUAUUGUGCAGCUGAAUUAUCUCCAUAUCAUCAUGCUGGUCCUGGAGUUGGUGGUGGUGCUGCAGCUUCCGAUCCUAUGCGAUCUCAUGCUGUAUCAUCACAUCAUCAUCCUUGGUAUGCACCUGCACCACCAACCACCAAUGAUCCACGAUUUGCCAUUUCACGACUGAUGGGAGCUGCUGCAGGUGCUGGAACCAAUAUGACAGGUUGUUCAGUUGGUCAGUCUAUGGCAGACGUAAGCAAGUCAUCAGGAAUGGGUGUAGGUGUUGGUGUUGGCGUCGGCGUUGGAAUGGGUGUUGGUGCCAUGCAAUUCCCUUUAGCACAACGACGAAAGCGACGGGUACUGUUCACGCAAGCUCAAGUUUAUGAAUUAGAAAGACGUUUUAAACAACAAAAAUAUCUUAGUGCACCUGAACGUGAACAUCUUGCAUCUUUAAUUCAUUUGACACCAACUCAGGUUAAAAUUUGGUUUCAAAAUCAUCGGUAUAAGUGCAAGAGACAAGCAAAAGAAAAGGCCAUGGCUGAACAGAAUGCACAAAAUCAGAGUGCAAGUUCACCCCGUCGGGUAGCAGUACCAGUGCUAGUGAAAGACGGUAAACCCUGUGGAAGUGGUGGUGGUGGUGGUGGAAAUGAAGGUAGUCGAAGUGGACCGAGUGCAGCAUUAGCUAGUCCAGCACCACACAUGACAGCUGCAUCAAGUCCUCAUGGAACUCAUCAUGCAGCUAGUGUGUCUCAUCACUCAGUAGUUGGUGUCAGUCAUGUUAUGUCUUCUAGCCAAAGUCUUCAGCAUUGCUCGUAUACUAGAGCUGGUGCACAACAAGGCAUGCAACAACAACAACAAACUCAAUGUGGUGCUUAUUUACCACUACAGGGUAGAGCUUGGUAGUGCGCGCCAUCCGCGGCGGGGGCCGCGGCCUACGCCAAUCCCUCCGUCGCAGGCCCCUGGGCCCUCGCCGCGGAUCCAACUGCAUGGUAUACCAUUACCGAUGAUAGUCCCUAAAAAAUCACCAAUUGUUACACGAACUUUAGUUACAUUCACAUUUGUCUUAUUCUUGUAUCAUAUAUACAUCAUUUUCCAGCUUUACUAUUCUCUUCUCUUCAAUUUAACAAACAAUUACUCCAAAAGACGAAAUAGUAUUUCAUCAAAAUUGACAAGUUUUUUCAUUGGAUUCAAAUUUUAAAGAUGUUGAGAUAUUUAAAAACAAAUUAACACUGUAAAAAAUUUAUUUAUAUAUGGUGUCUAAUUUAUAUAUUUGUAUUAGUUAUAGUGUCAGUCAUCAUCAGUGUUAACUUAUAAAUAAUAUAUCCAACAAUUGAUGCAUGAAAUGAUUAUAAUACGGUAUAUUUAAGCAUGUAUAAUUUACAAAUUAUUGAUUUGACAUUUAUUCAAACCUUAGUUGUUAUGGUGACACUUAUUAAUGUACACUAUCGUCAAACAAACAGUACAACAUUUUUUCAUAAUUAUUCAUUAAUACUGGACACCAUUUAAAAUUCUCAAAGAUCAAGAUAUAAUUUAAAAAUUUUUUACAGUGAAAAAAUACUUAUAUUAUUGAAAAACAUAUAGUUCGGAGCAUCGAUCAAAAUACAAUACUUGUUAUUCAUAUUUCUUUCUGUUAAAUUAUCUCUAAAAAGUAUAUUAUAUAUGAUAUGUAAUGUAAGGAUAUCACCAAAUUAUCCACGGCAAUAUAAUUCCAACGAAUAUAAAAUAGAAUAAGUCUGGGAACGACGGUGAUCAUUAAUUAAGUAAUGUAUACGUCACACAAAUUUUUACUUCAAAGAGAUUAUUCUUAUAAUUAUCAGAACCAAAAGUAUUAAUUAUUGUAGGAAGAUCAAUCGAAUUCGUAUGUUGUAUAACAAUUUCACAGUAUCAAUGAAAAUUGAUAAUAAAUAAUAAAUAGUGGAAAAUACAGAAUUGUAACAUCAAUAAGAUAAUUUAUAUUAUUUAACAAAAACAUCACAAGAUCAAUUUAAUUGUUUAAUUUGAAAAAUUUUAUAUUUCAGACAUUUAUUAAACAGCAUUUUUUAUAUUUAAAUACA